AUGGUCGAGCGAGCUAAGCCUGCGGCGUGGCUAGGCGGCGGCAGCGACCGGGCGUGGAGAGCGAUGCUGCUGCCCAGGGGUCCUCCUGGCCACGGGCCCAGGAACUGGAGUUACGCAGACAAGGCACAGUGGGAAUCAGAUUUCCCCAACUGCAGGGGCCACAUGCAGUCACCUAUCAACAUUGAUACAGCCACCACCCUCUUCACCCCCCAUCUCCAGCCCUUCCAACUUUCUGGUUACAAUCUGCCCCCCGAAGAGAAGCUCAGCCUCCGGAACAAUGGGCAUACAAUUGUACUCGGCUUGCCGGCCAACAUGUCCGUGUCUGGAGGUGGACUCGCGCAGGCCUACCUGGCGGCCCAGCUGCACCUGCACUGGGGGUCACAAGCGGGGCCUGGCUCCGAGCACACUGUGGACGGCUGCCGCUAUGCUGGGGAGAUUCACAUUGUCCAUUACAACUCCCACUUUGGCAGCAUCAGGGAGGCGGCGAGGGAGCCAGGAGGCUUGGCUGUGCUGGCUGCAUUUCUCCAGGCUGGGUCAGAGGAAAACAAGGCUUAUCAACACAUCCUUGAAUAUUUGGACGAGGUCCAUGAGGAAGGAGAGGAAGCCUCGAUAGUGGGGUUUGAUAUAGCCAAGCUGCUUCCUGACAACCUCAAUUCCUAUUUUCGCUACAACGGUUCCCUGACCACCCCUCCUUGCUAUCAGACAGUGAACUGGACGAUCUUUAACCAGACGGUUCUGCUGUCCCAAGAGCAGAUCUCAGUGCUGGAGGAAAGUCUUUUUGGGGAAAAGGAGGAACUGAUCCAGAGCAACUUCCGCCUGCCCCAAAGCCUGCAUGACCGGAGAGUGCUAGCGAGUUUCCCAAUGCCCCCUGCAGCACCGCCAGUUGCUGAGCCACCAGACGCCAGCGAGCAGGCCGGCUCCUCACUCCACCUUGGGGACCUGCUGGCCCUCCUCUUUGGGGCCCUCUUUGCGGUCACCGCCAUCGCGUUCCUCCUCUACGUCCACAAGCACAGGGCCCGGGGCCAGAGGCCAGACGCCCAGGCGGCCAAGCCCAGCAUCAUCUACGUGGCAGCCACCACUGAGGAGCACGCAGGCGAAGACACCAGAGAGUCCAGCUGAGGGACGAGUCCGCCCUGCCCCACGUGAGACGCAGCAGUCCGCCUUCUCUCCCCGCCAGACGCCCUGCCGGGGAGUCCCUGCACUGUCCGCAGCCGUCCGGGAAGCAUCCGUGUGUGCAACGGCCGCCCAGGG